AAUUUCAAAACUCAGGACAUCUUGCCAUGUUGCCAGAGGCUAAGAAGGCUUGGCUUGUUUCUUGGGUUUACUCUAUUUAUACGCCUGUUUCACUCAAACUCGGGCAUUAGUAAUGUUUUGAUAUCUAAAAGCUACGGAUAUGGAUAUGAAUAGUCCUUGUUGGCUUUUGCUGCUGCUGUUAGGAGCUUUUGCCAUUAUUCGUAGUGUUGGAGCUCAGGAUCAACUAGGGUUUAUCAGUUUGGAUUGUGGGUUACCUGUGAGUGAACCGUCUUCUUAUAUUGAGUCAGUAACCGGACUACGGUUUUCUUCUGAUGCUGAAUUCAUCCAGACUGGUAAAACUAGUAAAAUCCAGGCCAAUAUGGAGAAUGACUACCUGAAGCCGUACACGAGGCUGAGAUAUUUUCCAGAUGAGAGAAGGAACUGCUAUAGUUUGAGUGUUGACAAGGGUAGGAAAUAUUUGAUCAGGGCUGGUUUCAUUUAUGGGAAUUACGAUGGCCUUAACUCCGAUCCUAUAUUUGAUCUGCAUCUAGGACCUAAUUUGUGGGCAACUAUAGAUUUGCAAAAGUUUGUGAAUGGUACAAUAGAGGAGAUCCUUCACACUCCAACAUCAAACUCAUUGCAGGUUUGUCUUGUUAAGAAUGGGACAACUACACCCUUGAUCUCAGCCUUGGAAUUACGGCCAUUGGGAAAUAAUUCUUCUUAUCAGACAGAGUCAGGUUCUCUGAAUCUUCUUGUUCGGAUGUAUCUCAACAAGACAGAUGGCUUUCUACGGUACCCGGAUGAUAUUUAUGAUCGCAGAUGGCGUAAUUACUUUUUAACGGGGUGGACCCAAAUUUCCACCACUCUUGAAGUGAGCAAUGACAACAGUAAUUAUAAUCCACCAAAAAAGGCUUUUGUAACGGCUGCCACACCUUCCAAUGCUAGCGCGCCAUUGACAAUCAGUUGGACAUCUGAUAGUCCUGCUGACCAGUAUUACUUGUACAGCCACUUCGCUGAGAUACAAGAUUUACAGAGUAACGGUACCAGGGAAUUUGACAUAUUAUGGGAUGGAGUUGUUGUUACCGAGGCUUUCAUCCCUGCAAAGUUAGUGACAGGUACCAUCUAUAAUUAUUCUCCAGUGACGUGCAAAGAUGGAAAAUGCAGUUACCAGCUAAUAAAAACGCCAAGAUCAACUCUGCCUCCUCUACUUAAUGCUCUUGAGAUCUACACAGUUAUCCAAUUUCCACAAUCGGAAACAAAUGAAGAUGAUGUGGUUGCUGUUAAAAAUAUCAAAGCUGCCUAUGGAUUGACUAGAAUCAGGUGGCAAGGAGAUCCUUGCGUUCCUCAAAAGUAUGUUUGGGACGGGUUGAACUGUAGCAACACAGAUAUCUAUACACCUCCAAGAAUAACUUCCUUAAACUUGUCUUCAAGUGGAUUAACUGGAACCAUAGCGGCCGCUAUUCAAAACCGUACAAAGCUCGAAAAACUGGACUUGUCAAAUAACACACUGACUGGAGUGGUGCCCGAAUUUUUAGCCCAGAUGAAAUCGUUGGUGAUCAUAAAUUUAAGCGGCAGCGAUCUCAAUGGUUCCCUUCCUCAAGCUCUUCAAAGAAAUGGACUAGAGUUACUAGUUGAAGGAAACCCAAGGCUUUGUCUCUCUGGCUACUGCACAGAAAACUCCAAGAAGAAGUUUCCUGUGGUAAUUGUUGCAUCAGUUGGUUCUGUGGCCAUAAUCGUUGCUGUAUUGGUUCUUAUUUUUGUUCUCAACAAGAAAAAGCCAUCGACUGUGGAAGCUUUACAACCUCCACUGAGUACGCCAACGGUGAAUGAUGUAUAUGAUAAUUCAUCUGAGCAAUUAAUCGGGACGAAAAAGAGAAGGUUUACUUAUUCAGAGGUUAUGAAAAUGACGAAUAAUUUCCAAAGAGUUGUAGGGGAAGGAGGAUUUGGUGUCGUCUGUCAUGGUACUCUGAAUGGUUCCAAACAGGUAGCUGUUAAAGUCCUCUCUCAAUCAUCAAGUCAAGGCUAUAAGCAUUUUAAGGCAGAGGUCGAUCUUCUUCUAAGAGUCCACCAUACAAAUUUGGUGAGCCUCGUUGGAUAUUGUGAUGAAGGAGAUCACUUGGCUCUUAUCUAUGAGUUUAUGCCCAAUGGAGACUUAAGAGAACAUCUAUCCGGAAAGCGAGGUGGGUCUUUUAUCAACUGGGGCAAUCGGCUACGAAUAGCACUAGAGGCUGCACUAGGAUUGGAAUAUUUACAUUCUGGAUGCAUACCACCAUUUGUACACAGAGAUAUAAAAACUACAAACAUAUUGUUGGACGACCAGUUAAAGGCUAAGCUUGCCGAUUUCGGACUUUCAAGAUCUUUCCCUGUUGGAGGUGAAACACAUAUUUCAACUGUGGUUGCUGGUACUCCUGGAUACCUUGAUCCUGAAUAUUACCAGACAACUCGACUGGGUGAGAAGAGCGAUGUGUACAGCUUUGGAAUUGUGUUGUUGGAGAUGAUCACAAACCAACCCGUGAUUGACCAAUCCCGUGAAAAAUCUCACAUAUCACAGUGGGUUGGGUAUGAGCUUAACCGAGGAGAUAUCACUAAGAUCAUGGAUCCAAAAUUGCACAGGGAUUACGACUCUCGUUCAGUAUGGAGAGUUCUUGAACUGGCAAUGUCGUGUGCGAAUCCUUCUUCUGUGAACCGACCAAACAUGUCCCAAGUUGCUAAUGAACUGAAAGAAUGUCUUGUGUCUGAAAAUGCAAGAGGAAAUACGAACAUGGACUUUCAGAGAUCCCCUGAAGUGAGCAUGAGCUAUGACACUGAGAUGUUUCCCAGGGCAAGAUAGUUUGUGCUGCAAGCAACACAGCCAUGCCAGAUUAGUUGGGGUUGUUGGACUAGGUAGGUCCGUGUAACAUAUCACAUAUGUAACACGAAGCGGUCAUUUUUGCUUCGAUCAUCUGAAUGAGUGGAUAGGCAUGGGCUCUCAGCGUUCUACUGAGGUGACUAUUGAGCUUGAGCUCUGGCGAUGUUGCUUACGGCAAGAUGGAUUAAUUGCGAUUUCUAAUCUUUCUCUCGUGGUGACUUUUUAGAAGUUUUGAAUCGUACGCUACUAU